UACCACGUGUUGUAAAUAAAAGGUUCAUGGGCCGGUUUUCUACGUUGUCUUCUAAUCUUUACUAUAUUUAUUUUUUUGAUAUUGUUAAAAAAAACUUUAAUAGAAGAAGAAUGAGCAUUUUUACUCAAAAUUUCGAUCCAAUUACUGGGUGCACUGUCUGGGAAGAAAAGAACUCCGAUUAUGAUUAUCAUCAAGAAGUUGCUCGUUCGGCUUUUGCUGAUAUGCUUCAUGAUACAGAGCGAAAUCGCAAAUAUUAUUCUGCACUCCAAAAAGCUGUAAACAAAAUGCACUCGAAAGGAAUGAAAGCUAAUGUUUUAGAUAUUGGUACAGGUACAGGUUUACUGUCAAUGAUGGCUGCAAAAUGUGGCGCAGAUACAAUAACUGCAUGUGAGGCUUUUAGACCUAUGGCUGAGUGUGCUGAAAAAAUCAUUGAACACAACGGCUUUAAGUUACAAAUACAGUUAAUAAAGAAAAAAUCUACUCAAAUAAUAGUAGGUGAGAAUGGUGAUAUGAAGCAAAAAGCGAACAUCCUCGUAACAGAAGUAUUUGACACUGAAUUAAUUGGAGAAGGUGCUCUCUCAACAUUUCAACAUGCUCAUCAAGUAUUGUUAGAGAAAAACUGUAUUGUAAUACCAUGUAAAGCUACCAUAUAUGGACAAUUAGUCGAAAGUUGGACAAUGAGGCAAUGGAACAGAAUCAAUCCUAUAAUCGAUCCAGAAACUGAAAAAAUUCUACUCAAACCUCCAGAUAUCAUUAACAGCUGUCCUGGAUCUUUAGCUUUACAUGAUAUUCAGCUUAGUCAAUUACCUUAUGAAUCAUUUACAUCUUUACUAACUUCUCAGCCUAUAUUUACAUUUGAUUGGUCUGGAAAAAAGCCAAUAAUUUUUAAUGAAGUUAAUUCAGUCAAUUCUACUGCAAUUGCUUCAGGAACAGCUCACGCUGUAUUUAUGUGGUGGGAAUUAGCCAUGGAUGAAGAUGAAGAAAUAAUAUUAAGUUGUGCUCCAUUGUGGGAGCAUCCUAAUGGUCAAUUAAAUACAAAUGAAGAAAAAAAUUCAUUAUCUUCACAUAAAGAUAGUAAAAUUCCAUGGCGAGAUCACUGGAUGCAAGCUGUUUAUUAUCUUCCCACAGAAAUGCCCAUAGAAAUCAACGAGAAAAUAACUCUUAUUGGGUGUCAUGAUGAAUUUUCUUUGUGGUUCGACAUCAGUAAAUCAACUGAGACAAACAUUAAUUCUCUUCAAUCUCCUGCUUGUAAUUGUUCUUUACAUUUAGCAUAUUCGAGAACAAGAAUAGCUCAAUUAAAUGAUGAAGAAAAGAACAAUAAAUACAUGAAGAUCUUGAAGAAAUAUAUUUUACCAGAUACUGAAUGUCUUUGUCUCUCUGAUAGUUGUUUAAUAGGUCUUACUUCAAUAUUGUUUGGUGCAAAAAAAGUUAUUAUGUAUGAACCCAAUUCACUUUCAAGAAGAACAAUAAAAAGUUUUAUCGAUUGUAAUAAUUUAACUGAUAAAGUGGAAAUGAUCGAUUCUAUUGAUGAACUGUGCUGGACAAAAGAAUCAAAUCGUUUAAUUAUUGGUGAUCCAUAUUAUUUAAACUCUAUUUUUCCAUGGGAUAAUUUUCGUUUUUGGUAUUUAAUAUCGACUCGUACUCCUGGUAUUUUAACUAUACCCAUGGCUGUUCGAAUUCGCGGAAUUAUUGUAGAAUUUAAAGAUCUGUACAAAAUCCGAGCAUCUGUGGGAGUUUGUGAAGGCUUCCAAUUAAUGGACUUCGAUGAACUAGUUUCUGCUUCUAGUAAAAUAAGUGAUUGCCCAGUUGAAGUUCAUUCGCUUUGGGAAUAUCCAAGUUGGGCUUUAUCUGAACCUUUUGAUAUUGCGACGUAUAAAUUCAAUGAGGAUUUUAAUUCUGCAAGUGGAAAAAUGUACUCAGGAGAAAUAUCUAUAUCUAAGAAUGGUAUUUGCAACGGAAUUGCUUUGUGGAUUGAUUGGUAUCUAGAUUCUGAAACAAUUCAUUCAACAGGUCCAUUAGAAACCAUUAUUCCUGGUGAGAUAAUUUCUUGGGGUAUGUGUAAUCGUCAGGGUGUAUAUUUGUUAAAAGACAUUAAAAGUGUUACUGAACAUGAUGUUCUUAAGUGGUCUUUUAAAUAUCGGCAUGAAAAUGAUAAUUAUUUUGAUUUUAAAUAUCACUUUGAAGAAUAAAUAUGAAAUUUUGAAAGAUUUAUAAAUAAAAACAGUUAAUAUACAAAAAUAAAAAUUAAAAAAAAAU